UCAAUAUUCGAUAACCUCAUUUCCGAACUAGCCACAUUGCUUAGUGAGAUGGGUGGCGCCAAACGCAUGAUUUCUUCGACUGCCUUUCGCCUGUCCGCUGCUCUGGAGCGGGCCAGUAAAAGACAUAAUGCCCCAUCUGCUUCAGUUGCUUUACAAAGCCCUUCGGACCCCCCGUUUGAUUUACAUACCGAUGAUCCUACGAUUGCGACUGUGAAAGAGGAAGAACAAAAGGUACAAUCAGACUGUUCACUGAAACAAAAGAAUGUUGGUCCAGAUGAAGAGGGACAUCUAGACUUCCGGGCUUUGAGAGUUAACAGGGUAGCCAAGCAUUGCUCGAGCAUUCGUCAACGGCCUGAAAAUACUGCUAGCAUUUUUGUGAACUACCCUCAUAUCGAGGCCAAGCGCUUUGUUCUCCUUAAACAACCGCUUGCCGGCUUAUCUGACUCGACAAAUUCUGAUUACCCUCCGUCACAAAAGGACGAAUCCAGGCUUGUGUUGAACUUUUAUCUACGUGGCUCUAUUUCUAAGCAAGCUUAUUGUCGCGGCAUUUAG